UUGGUUGGGGCGCGUUCGUCGGUCCAGUCGCCAGGCGUCGUUGUGGCAAGCCGGUCUUAUCAAACUGACGUUAGGAAUUUCUGGGUUGGGCUGCUCGCUGUUCAUAAUUUUGUUUAGGAGAGUCAAGCGAAGCUGAUAUGGUUGCUAGUGAAUUUUCCGUGCGGAUUAACAGUUCCUCGUUUUCAUAAUCUGCGGAAGAUUUUUCAUUCGCACUGGAUGUGGCUCUGUGAUUCGAGGUGACUAACGUGUUCCGGCCCGUGAAGACUUCGCGUGGUUGCAAUUGAAGGAGGCACUUCAGAGUUCGUGAUUGUGAAGUCUGAAGAUCUCUGCCCUCUCUGAUAUUGAACAAUGAUUCAAGUAGACGAAUCAGAUCCAGUUGGAGAGGUGGAGCCCAGUUUCCCAUACCGCAAUGUGAGCAUUCAGCGUGGAGUGGACAUGAAGGAGCUAUACGACCUACAGUCAGAACUUGGCAGAGGCAAGUUUGGGACAGUUUAUCGGUGUCGAGAGAAGAGUAGUGGCCUACAACUAGCAGCCAAAUUUGUAGCGACUCCAAAACGUGAAGACCGUCGCAAUGUGGAGCGUGAAAUUGAAAUUAUGCGUCUACUGCAGCAUCCACGUCUCAUUCAACUGUAUGAUGCCUAUGACAAUGGGAAGGCCAUGUGUGUUGUACUUGAGCUAAUUGAAGGUGGUGAACUUUUUGAGAGGGUGAUAUGUGAUGACUUCAUUCUAACAGAGAAAAGCUGCACAGUUUUUAUGAGACAGAUAUGUGAAGGUAUUGAAUUCAUUCACAAACAGAACAUUCUACAUCUUGACAUGAAGCCUGAGAAUAUAUUGUGCCUAACAAGAACAGGGAACAGAAUUAAAAUCAUAGAUUUCGGCUUGGCAAGAAAGUAUGAUCCACAAAAGAAAUUACAAGUAUUAUUUGGAACUCCUGAAUUUGUGGCACCAGAGAUUGUUAAUUUUGACCAAAUAUCAUUUGAAACAGACAUGUGGUCAGUUGGAGUUAUAUGUUAUGUGCUGCUUUCUGGACUGUCACCAUUCAUGGGAGCAACAGAUAUUGAAACAAUGGCAAAUGUAACAAUAGCCAAGUAUGAUUUUGAUGAUGAAGUUUUCAAUGAAAUCUCAGAGGAUGCAAAGGAUUUUAUUCAGAAGUUGCUUCUGAAAGACAAAGAGCGACGCAUGUCUGCUACCCAGUGCCUGGCGCAUAAUUGGCUGAGGACAAAACCAAAACCACCACCACCAGUUGCAGAAGAACUCGACGUAGCUAAAGAUAACUUACGCUUCUUUGUGGAGCGGUGGAAUGAGCAUCCAAACAGCCCAUAUUUGUUUGAUAAGUCCUGCCAAACCAUCUCUCCCUGUCUUUUUAUGACACCAGACAUUGAGACAGUUCCAUCACAGAAUUCCCUGGGAGGUCUGUCUCCCUCACCUUGCAGCUCAUUGUCUGUCUCAAUAUCCAGCUCUCCUGACUCCAUCUUUGAACAUGACCUCCUGGGGAAAUCUCCUGAGGAGACAGGAAACUUCUUCCACUAUAUGUUUGAACACAAGCAACCUCAUUCUUCAAAAUAUCACCUGGAAAGGCUCCAGGCAUUUGAGCGUCGAGCAUCAGACAGUUCUUGUGUCUUGAGGAGAAAUGGUGACACAGCUGCUAGGGUCAAUCUUGCAGAUGAAAUUCGCAAACUCUCAGACAAACUGUUCCAAAUGGCAUCCUUACAUGGUCCCUCCUCAGAUCUUGAUAAUAAUAAUAGUAAUGAUUUCAGCGAAAAUCCCUCUCCUGGUUCUGCAAACCAGAGCCUACACCAUGGCCCCAUGCAUUCAAUUGCCUUUACUGGAACACCAUGCCCAACACCACCAGUACCUAACAGAAGAGAAAGUAUUCAAGAUGAGGGAUUAGUGGGAGUGAAACGUCAAAAAUUUCGCUUCUCAAACCUGAAUCGAGAUGUUCCUCUUGGUGCACCAGCACCUCCUACCAAUUUCAGUUCAUUCAUGCUUGCUAACACUACUGGCAUAUCUCCAUGUUCAUCUCGGAACUCAUCUGACACCUUCCCAUCCACCUAUAACAGCCAGUCUUCUGCCUCUUCUAGCCAUUCAGCUCCACUAUCACCCCAGCUUUCCCCUGAAUCAGACAGUUCUGAACAUCCUGGUGCUGACAUUACUAAAGACCUCCUCCUUCACCUGCUUGACAAGUGGGAUGAUAAACAAACACUAACAUGUGGUACAAAAGAAACCUGUCGCAAGGCAAUCUCCAUGGAUUGGUCAGAGGAAGAAUCUUUGGGUCAACAAACCAUGACCUCAAUAGCCACUUACUUUCAGUCAUCUAGAACCACUGAGAAAAAGAAUCCAGUUUUACCUUCACAAUAUGGAGUGUAGCUAUAAGAUAAAAAAUGGCAAACUUAGAGUAUCAGAACGCAUAUACAAUUAUAAACAAACAGGUGGGUUAUGUGUGUUUGCAAUAUUAUUCCCAGAGCGCGGCUGAAUGCAAACCAGUGCCUGAAACACAAGUGGCUGAGCGAGAAGGCUGUCAACACGACACUCAGUAAAGUAAAGCUGAAACGCUA